CUCUCUCUCUCUCUCACGAGAAAAAUAUAUAUAUAAAAAAAAAAAGAAAAAAGAAAAAAAGAGCACACUCACAAAUCGUGUUGGGCGAUAAAGCCCUCCUCCAGACGAAACGUCGAAACGUUCCCGUCCUUUACUUACUCCUUUUAUUUUUAUUUUUUAAUUUUACGUUUAGUUUUUCGUUCCUCGUUCCCGGCGCAUUUUAUAGAGCCUAAUUCUACAGCGACACGCUAACGUGCGCACAUCACUCUCUUCGACAAUUUCAUUGACGCCAUAAUAUCAGAGCUCGAAGGCGUUCAGGUCCGAUAUUCCCUACCCCUCCCUUUCAUUAGGGCUUUACUAACUUCGUAAAAAACCCUAGGUUAGAAUUCGGUUCUUUUUCCUUUUUUUUCUUCCUCUUUUUUUUCUAUUAUUUCAUUUUAUUUUUUUGGUUGGAGUGAAGAGAAAGCCAUUGACAAUUCGUGGACGAGAGCUCAUUGAUUGGCAGGAACUUUUAUCAAAUAAUUUUUUACAAUAUUCCUUUUGAUAUAUUUAAAUAUUUUUAUGUUUUUUAUUUUUUAAUCUUCUAUUGACGUUCUGCGGAUAUAUGAGUAUUGCUGAUGGGUAUAGACAUAUUUGGGUUAAGCUUAAAUUUGUUUCUUCAUAGCUUAAUCGUGGAAGAGCGAGUUGUGCUUGAAAUAUGAGCUUUCUUUUAUUGAAAAUAGAGAAGUGGAAGGCUAUGAAUUAUUUUCCAGAUCGUUGCAUGUUGGUUUGGGCACAGAAACUCGGCUAGGGUUACAAAAAGGUGUGUUGCCGUUGGUGAAUUUCUGGAAAUUUUGGCUUAGACAACAAUGGAAGGGGAUGAAAAAAAGUCUGGUGCUAAGAAAAGAUCGAAGCCAAUCGAGGUUGGUAUUGAUUCGGAUGAUAACGAGCCCAUUGGGUCUCUAUUGAAGUUUAGGAGACCGAGGAACCCUAAGAAGGUUAAGUCCGGAAUAGAGGGAGGUGGCGAGAGGGGCAAGAAGUUUGAGAUUGAAGAUGACGAUUUUGGAGGAAUGGAUGAUACGUUGGCGAGUUUCAGGAAGAAGUUGAAGGCUCCAAAGAAAGAUACUGCUUCUGGAACAAUGAGGGGAAAGGGUGGCUCUGUGUUGGAUAUGGUCGAGUCUUCCGAUCCAUCAUCUACUGGGCCUGUAGAUGUAGAUGGUGGUGGUCUGGAUGCAAAGUCAGUACCAAGGGGUGUGGAGAAUGGUGACGAUGGAUCUGAUGUGACCAUGGAUAUGGGAAUGCAGAACAAGCGUAAAGGAAAGGCAAAGAGACCCAAUGUUGAUUCAACUUCGAAGUCCUUGGACGAUGGUUCAGAGUCUAUGGGUUCUGGUUGUUCUUUAUUGAAGGAUAAAAAUGAGUCAGACUUGCAGCUUGGAGAAGGUUCUAGUCGAACCUUGAAUAACCAUUUAGAAGAUUCAUUAUCAUCAUUAUUCCAUAAAGCACAAUCUGGUUCGACUAGAAAGUCUCGUGUGAAUUCCAGUCUGAAAGAGAAAGGUUCUCAGAUUUUGGAGGAUGAUUUGAGCCGUUGUUCAGAAGGUGUUUGGGGAGAUUUCAAACCUGUGGCUGUGAGGAGACCCAAAAUGGCUUCUGCUGCAAGAGUGACCUGUAAGAAUCAGAAAUCCGAAGAGAGGUUUCCUGUAGCUUCUGCUUUGCAUCCUGCUGAUUCAGUAUCUGCCUCUGAAAAAUGUAAGACAGACAAUCACAGUUUGGACCACAGUUUUUGUCAAGCUUCUAAUUGCAUGGAAGAUAAUCGUGAGACAAUUCGAGGGCCUUCUUUGGGUUAUACUAUUUCACUUGAGGGAAUUGAACCCGCAGAUGGAAAAGAUAAUACACCUUCGAAGGUUAUUCCGGAGGAUCCAGCACCUGUUUCGUCACCUUCAAGGUCCCAUACUAAGGUCCAAGACAGAGACAUGGGUGGUCCUUGUGAUUCAAUUGUUCUAAAGGGACAUGUGCCUGACCCAUGUAACUCAAGUAAAUUUUUUGAAGAAGAUGGCAAUCAGUUCAACAUUGCUCAAGACAUUGACAGUUGCUCCAUUCCUAGACAAAUAGCUGCCUUGAAAACCUGCAACUUAAAGAAUGGAUUAAAACAUUCCUCUACCGGAGACACAAGAACUCUAAUGCAUGAUGUUGUUGAAAUGCCCAAGUCUCUAUCUUCUGGAAAACGGGUUGAAGAAAUCCAUGAGUUUGGUGAGGAUGAUGAGUCCAGCAGCAGGUAUACUUAUGCGUUACCCCAACAGUCUAAGACUGAGAAAGUUUUGAAAUCCCAUAGUGAGCUUGAUUCUGGUCAGUGUUCAAAAGAUUCCCAUUGCUCUGAACAUAAUGUGUCUCACCAUAGCUCUGAUCAGCUGAAGAUGGAAGAAACCAGUAGUAAUUGUCAUGGUCCUAAUACUUGCACUGAAGAGCCAGCUGCUGCUUCUGGUGUAUGGAAAAAAAAUGUUGCGGUGUGUGAUGAUUGGUUAUCUCCUAAUGCUAUCGAUUCUAUUGAAGUUGAUAAAUCUGGAUAUGGUUUCCAGUUGAAUAAUCAAGAGAUAUCAUUAGAUCCUUGUAUCCAACAAAAUUCUUAUGCUGCUGCCAAUCAGAAGUGCAAUUCCAUUUUCUCUCAAAAUGCAUCUUCUAAUGAAGCAUACGAAGCAGCUUAUAAUCCUAGUCAUGAUGAUGUUUCUGCUACUGAAGAAGCUGAUGGAACUUCUUCUCCAUGUAUAACUCCAGAUGAUAAUGGUAGUAACCCAGAAGAUGUGGUAUCGUUACCUGAUAUUGAAAAUAAAGAUAAUAAACUAUCUAUCCAGCGGACUAUGCGAAAGCCUAAAAAGCGUAGGCAUGGAGAUAUGGCUUAUGAGGGGGAUGCUGAUUGGGAGAUUUUGAUAGAUGAUCAAGGUUUUAACAAUGACCGAUCAUCCAGAGCAAGGGUGAAAUUUGAUUCCUCUUUGAGUAUUGUUACAGAGGCUGAAAGUGGUGGGGCAGCAGCCAUAUCUGCUGGACUUAAAGCUCAUGCAGCUGGUCCUGUAGAGAAGAUUAAAUUUAAGGAGAUUUUGAAGCGUAGAGGUGGGCUUCAGGACUAUUUGGAAUGCAGGAAUCAGAUCUUAGGCCUCUGGAGUAAAGAUGUUAGUCGAAUUUUACCUCUUUCUGACUGUGGGGUCACAGAUACUGCUUCUACAGAUGAACCAUCACGUGCAUCCCUAAUUAGGGAGAUCUAUGCAUUCCUUGAUCAAAGUGGUUAUAUAAAUGUUGGAAUUGCUUCUGAGAAGGAUAAAGCAGAACCUGGCACCAAACAUAAUUAUAAACUUCUUAGAGAAAAGAAUUUUGAAAGUUCUGGGGCUUCGCUUGCUGAUUCAGAGGAUGGAGUUUCUUUUAUUGUUGGUCAGGUCAAGAGUUCUAAAACUUCAAAUGAAGUAAAUAAUGGUGCUAUGUUGGAUGGUGAAGACUUGACACAUGAAGCCAUGAAAGGCAGUGGAUCUGCUGCACAUAUUGGAUUGAAGUUGGCAAAUGCAACGGAACAAGAAAAAUAUCUGGCUAAUUGUAAUGGGAAUGGUAGUAUUGAUACAAAAUUCCCAAACAGAACAAACAAUGUAAAUUGUGUGAUUACUGAUCCAUCUUGUGAGACAUGGGGUGGAGGAAAAACUCCCAAGAUAGAUAAUGAAUCACAAAGUAUUCAACCCAUAGCAGAUGAUGAUGUAGGGAAAUAUCAUCACCUGCAUAGCUGUUCAAAAGUUGGAAAGAAAAUCAUUGUGAUAGGAGCUGGUCCUGCUGGCUUAACUGCGGCACGCCACUUGCAACGUCAGGGUUUUUCCGUAACUGUAUUAGAAGGAAGGAAUAGAAUAGGGGGCCGUGUUUAUACAGACCGGUCAACUCUAUCUGUUCCAGUGGAUCUUGGUGCUAGCAUUAUCACUGGUGUUGAGGCUGAUGUGGCCACUGAGAGAAGACCAGAUCCAUCUUCUUUGAUUUGUGCACAGAUGGGGCUUGAGUUGACUGUGUUAAAUAGUGAUUGCCCUCUUUAUGACAUUGUAACGAGCCAAAAAGUUCCUUCUGAUUUGGAUGAAGCAUUGGAAGCAGAAUACAACAGUCUUCUUGAUGAUAUGUUAUUACUUGUUGCUCAGAGGGGAGAACAUGCAAUGAAAAUGUCCCUUGAGGAGGGUUUGGAAUACGCUCUUCUUAGGCGUCGUAUGGUACGAUCAGGAAUGAAUCUUGAAGAGAAAAAGCUGCACACUACUGCGGAUGGUAUCUUUGAUUCCAGAGUAAGUACUGAUGGCAGAGUUUCUGAGGAACAUUGUUCUGAGGAAGAGCUUUUGAGUCCUCUUGAGAGGAGAGUUAUGGAUUGGCAUUUUGCCAACUUGGAGUAUGGCUGUGCUGCUUUGCUGAAAGAAGUAUCCCUACCCAACUGGAACCAAGAUGAUGUUUAUGGUGGCUUUGGAGGAGCUCAUUGCAUGAUUAAAGGAGGUUAUAGCACUGUUGUUGAGUCUCUUGGAGAAGGACUUUGUAUCUACUUGAAUCAUGUAGUGACUGAUGUUUCAUAUGACACCAAGGUUUCUGGAGUUUUAGAUGGCCAGCAUAACCAAGUCAAAGUUUCCACAUCAAAUGGCAGUGACUUUUUUGGAGAUGCUGUUUUGAUUACUGUACCACUUGGGUGUUUGAAAGCAGAAACCAUCAAGUUUUCCCCUCCAUUGCCCCAUUGGAAACAUUCUUCCAUCCAGCGACUUGGCUUUGGAGUUCUUAAUAAAGUAAUUUUGGAAUUUCCAGAUGUUUUUUGGGAUGAUUCCGUGGAUUACUUUGGAACAACUGCUGAGGAAACAAACUGGAGAGGCAAGUGCUUUAUGUUCUGGAAUGUCAGAAAAACAGUUGGUGCUCCCGUUCUUAUAGCAUUAGUGGUUGGUAAAGCAGCUAUAGAUGGCCAAAGUAUCAGUUCUUCUGACCAUGUACGCCACGCAUUAAUGGUUUUACGCAAAUUGUUUGGGGAGGCUAAGGUACCUGAACCAGUUGGAUCAGUGGUGACAGACUGGGGCAGGGAUCCUUUCAGCUAUGGUGCCUACUCUUACGUUGCUGUUGGAGCUUCUGGAGAAGACUAUGAUAUUUUAGGCCGGCCUGUUGAGAACUGCUUAUUUUUUGCUGGUGAAGCUACCUGUAAGGAGCAUCCUGACACAGUUGGUGGUGCAAUGAUGAGUGGUCUACGGGAGGCGGUCCGUAUAAUUGAUAUAUUCAAUACUGGAAAUGAUUAUACGGCAGAGGUAGAGGCAAUGGAAGCUUUACAGAGACAGUCUGACUCCGAAAUGGAUGAAGUUAGGGACAUAACAAAGAGACUUGAUGCAGUUGAACUUUCCAAUGUCCUUUAUAAGAACUCUUUGGAUGGAACUCAAAUUUUGACCAGAGAAGGCCUUCUACGGGACAUGUUCUUUAAUGCAAAAACCACUGCUGGACGGUUGCAUCUGGUGAAAGAGUUGUUGAGACUUCCUCGUGAAACCUUGAAGUCCUUUGCUGGAACCAGAGAAGGAUUGACUACUCUUAACUCAUGGAUACUGGACUCUAUGGGCAAGGAUGGGACCCAACUCUUGCGGCAUUGCGUUCGUCUUCUUGUGCUGGUUUCGACAGACCUACUAUCUGUGCGAUUAUCUGGCAUAGGGAAGACUGUAAAAGAAAAAGUUUGCGUACAUACUAGCCGUGAUAUACGUGCCAUAGCAAGCCAACUGGUUAGCGUGUGGCUUGAAGUCUUCCGCAAGGAAAAAGCUUCCAGUGGUGGAUUAAAGUUUUCAAGGCAGUUAAAUGUUGUAGAUUCAUCAAAAAGAAAAUCUGUUAAAGAUUCAGCUUCAGGAAAGCCACCUCUACACACAAAUCAUGGUUCUUUGUCAAAUAAAGAAAGUUGUGAGGUUUCUGCAGCCACUAUAAGCCACUUACCUUCAAAUGCAAAUUUUAAGAAAGUGAAUGGCAAAAUAGUCAGACUAGAAACUGCAAAUAUAUCAAGAUCAGAAAUUAAUUCAUCAAGAUCUCAAGGUUCAACAGUCAGAAUGGGUACCAAGGUAGAUGAUGACAUUGUUAUGACUGAAGAAGAAAAAGCUGCCAUUGCUGCUGCUGAAGCAGCCCGUGCUGCAGCACUUGCAGCUGCUGAGGCAUAUGCAUCUUCAGAAGCGAAGAAUAAUGCAUUAUUGCAGCUUCCUAAGAUUCCCUCAUUUCACAAAUUUGCUAGAAGAGAGCAAUAUGCUCAAGUGGAUGAGUAUGAUGUCAGGAGGAAGUGGUCUGGUGGUGUUUUGGGCAGACAAGAUUGUAUAUCAGAAAUAGACUCGAGGAACUGCAGAGUUAGGAAUUGGUCUGUUGAUUUCUCUGCCACUUGUGUCAACUUUGAUAAUUCAAGAAUUUCAGCUGAUAACCUCUCACAAAGAAGCCAUUCGAAUGAGAUUGCUAGUCAUUUGAACCUUAGAGAGCACUCUGGAGAGAGUGUUGCUGUUGACAGCAGUAUUUAUACGAAAGCAUGGGUUGAUACAGCUGGUAGUGUGGGGAUAAAGGACUAUCAUGCGAUUGAGAGAUGGCAAUCACAAGCAGCUGCAGCUGAUUCUGAUUUCUACCAUCCAGCUGUGCAUAUUAAGGACGAGGAGGAUUCUAAUACAACUUCAAAAGUACCCACCUGGAAGCAUGAUGGACUAGCUAAUGAGAGCUCUGUUUCACAGGUCACUAUGAAAAGGGAGUCCUUAAAAGACCAUCAUCGAGGGGCAGACCGUAUUAAACAGGCUGUGGUAGACUAUGUUGCAUCGUUGCUCAUGCCCCUUUAUAAGGCUAAAAAAAUAGAUAAAGAUGGAUACAAGUCAAUAAUGAAGAAAAGUGCAACAAAGGUCAUGGAGCAGGCUACAGAUGCAGAGAAAUCGAUGGCAGUUUCUGAGUUUCUUGAUUUCAAGCGUAGAAACAAGAUUCGUUCCUUUGUGGAUAAAUUAAUUGAGAGGCACAUGUCAGCGAAGCCAGUUGUGAAGUCAUGAAGGCUGGUUAGCUUUUUGUUUCUCUGUACACUUCUGUCCAAGACAUGUAGAAGUGUGUUCAUCAUUCCUGCAUGACUACGCGGCAUAUAUGUUGACACUGAUGGGCAUACUGUCCUGGAUUGAUGCUUCAUUCAAAUUGCCAAUAAGCUGUUAAUGAUUCACUACUGGAAUGACAAAUUGAAUGACAUAUUUGCCGAUGGUUAAAUGAUGUGGCAGGUCUCAAUGGACGCAAGUUGCUACCUAGCAGUUUUGUUUUGUAAAAAUGUGAUUCAGGAUUGGGAGUGGGUGGGUUUUGGAUGGCUGUUACAGUGGCAUCCUGCCUGGAACAAAUUGGCGUCAUUCAAGUGACUUUGCUAGCUGGAUUAUGCGCAUCAUCAGACAAAAGAUAACAUCACAACCCCAUAUUUGGUUCAUCAUUGAUCAAGGUUGUACUUUAAGGGUGAAAAAUUAUCACCCCCAAUUUUAUUUCAGAUCCCCAAGAUGAGAUACUAAUUGUUCUUGACUCAUUUUUGCUUUCAUUGUGUACAGAGUAGAAUUGUUUUAGUGACAAGAAGCAUACAGAAUUUUUUUCAAUCCUUUUCCAAAGUAGUUCAUUUGUGUUCCAGAUUUUUGAAGUUGAACAUCAAUUACUUGCUUUCUUGUCCCAUAUUCGUGCAACAUAACUUUGAUCUUGCAUUAGUCACCGCAGCACCUCUUUGAGGGUUGAAAAUUCUAUUUCCUGGAUUUACUUCUGUUUUCUGCAUUCAUUACUGCUUGUAUAACCUUUUCAUACUGUGUUAUCCCCAUGUCAUGAGUAAUUAAACUCAUUGACAUGAUACAUAUUUGAAGCCUCUUUUGCUUUGUAAUCCAAAGGACUCUAUGGUAGUGAUCGACAUUAAAAAUAAGUAAGGAUAAGGUGAGUAUACUUUGCUGUUUAUUCUCUAUAUAUUUUUAAUUUGUACAGCAGAUUAAGUUUUCAAAGUAAUUCCAGCUUUAAACAUGGUUUGAAGUUUGGGCAUUAUGCAACACUUCUGUCUAUCAUUUUUGACAAUGGAAACUCCAGUCUUUAUCUUUGAGCCCUUGUCUUUUACUACAUUGCGGCUUACACCACUUCUUAUUAUUGCUAGGGUGGAAAGCUGAUGUGCCUGUUCUGCCAAGAGGUAUGCUAUUCAAAUUGAUGCUAAUUGAUUACACUAUUUAGUAUGGUUCUUGCGUUUUCUGAUUGAUCCUUCGGCUGAAUUAUUGCUGGAGGAUGUAAAAUUUUGUGGCCGUGGAGAAUUCGUGGUUCAUUUUCUGUACUUUCAUGUCUUUUUGUUAUUUUCAUCGCUAUUGAUAGAUGACUUAUCUACUUGUUCGUUGGGGGGAAAGAUAGUUUUGGGAUAUCACAGAGAAUUUAGUUUACAUGUUUAAAAUUAUUUUGUCCAGGAGAUUCAGGCAAUUGUUUCUGAUAAAGUAGGCUUUCGAUGCCAUUUUGUGCAUGUCUAUGAGUUAACAGAGACUAAAAAACUAACCAAUAUUUGUCUUCCAUGAAGUAAUUCUUCUGAGAGACUAACCAUAUGAUCUUAAUGAUUUGUUUUUUUCCGAAAAGGUAACAAUUUUUUAUUUUUUAUUUUUAUUUUUAUUUUGGGCUUGGGAAGUUAAAUAAGCUUAUUUGAAGUGGUGAAACUUGUUAGAAAAUCCUUUGACGGAAUUGGGACGUAUUAAAAAAGAGUACUACCAAAUGGUUGAUAAUUUAAUGAAAUUAAAAGACAGAGACAAGUGAAAUUUAGAAGUACGGACGCAUAGUAUUAUCCGAGUAUUAUUGAUUAAAAAAAGAGUUUAAUCAAUUGAAGUUUAAUUUCUUCCAUUCAUAUUUAAGGAUUUAAAAUUAUUUCAUUUAUUCAUUCCCAUUGAAUUUAAAAUUUCCACAUUAUCUACUGUCUUUUUUUUUUUUUUUUUGGGUUUCUUUUUCUGGUGUUCCUAGUGCUUCGAACAGUUUUUAUUUUUAUUUUUUUUAAUGUUUUUAUUAUUUUUAAAAUUUUUUAUAGUGCUAUAAAUACUAAAAUAUUUAUCAAAAAAUAUAUUGAAUGAGAUGUAUUGAUAUAUUUAUAUAACCUUAAUUGAAUUUUUAAAUGAAUAAAUAAAAUUUUAAAAAUAAUUAAAUAUUGAUAAAUUAUUUAUUAUAUUAUUAUGUAAUUAAAUUUGGUAAAUAUUUUGAUUAAAAAUUUAGUUUAGAUUUUAAGAUGUUUAGUCUAGAUUUUUAAAGUGAUGGAUCGAAAAUAUGCCUGUUUCAAGGACAAUCAAUUAAACGACCUAAGAAAAAAAAAUAUUAAGCAGAGUAGCAGACUAUAUAACAACUAUGAAAUUUCCCUAAAUGUAAAUAAAUGAAACGACUAUUUUUAUUUUUUGAAGCAAAAUAAAACAACUAUUAAACAUGAUUUAAGUGUAAUUAUAUUAUUACGAGAAGUGAAGUAAACGCGCGUGGCUGUUAGUUUAUCUCCAUGGCGGGUAUAAAUGUCAUUGCAACUUUACGUGUUGAGAGCCGAGGCUUACAGAUCGAAACGCAGUGUGUGGGAUCGACAUUAGCAGAGUAUUAACAAACCCUCACCGACCGGAAGAAGGAAGGAAAAAAAGAAAACACAGAAAAAGAGAGAAAACAAUAUAUAUAUAUAUAUAUAUAUAUAUAUA